CCGACUCUCUCUGCCCACUCCCAGAUCGCAAUCUCAAUCGGGGACUUGUGUUUGGUUUUUUUUUUGUGCACACCCGCAUAUACACCCGCACUCUCACCCGCACUCUCACACACUCACACACACACACACACACACACGCGGGUUCCGAGGAAACUUUAAUCCUCAUCGAAAGCGACGCCCGGGCAGGUUGCAAUCGGUUUUAGAUGAAUUGUGCGAAAGAUCCUUUGAAUUUGGACCAGUUUAGCAGCAGCAGCAGCAGCAGCAGCGGCGGCGGCGGUAAUAAAUUGGUCCGGGAUCAAUCGGCUUCUUCUUCUGUCAUGGCUUCUGGUUUGCAACCGCUGCGAACGAGUGAGCCCAAGCACCGGCUCGAGGUUCACACUUUAUCGGACACCUCCAGCCCUGACACCGGAGAGAAAGAGAAAAUCCAGCAAAGCAAAAACGACGACACAAAUACAGAUGACCCGUCCAAGAAGAAGCGACAGAGACGGCAGAGGACUCAUUUCACCAGUCAACAGCUGCAAGAAUUGGAGGCAACUUUUCAGAGAAAUCGCUACCCGGACAUGUCCACCAGAGAGGAGAUUGCAGUUUGGACCAAUUUAACUGAAGCUAGAGUCCGGGUUUGGUUUAAAAACCGCAGAGCCAAGUGGAGGAAGCGGGAGCGAAACCAGCAAGCCGAGCUUUGCAAAAAUGGCUUUGGACCUCAGUUUAAUGGUCUGAUGCAACCCUAUGACGACGUGUAUCCAGGUUACACCUACAACAACUGGGCGGCUAAAGGCUUGACAUCGGCCUCGCUCUCUACUAAAAGCUUCCCUUUCUUCAACUCCAUGAACGUCAAUCCCUUGUCCUCUCAGGCUAUGUUCUCUCCUUCCAAUUCCAUCUCCUCCAUGAGCAUGUCGUCCAGCAUGGUUCCCUCUUCGGUGACCGGGGUGCCAGGUUCCAGCCUCAACAGCCUCAACAACUUGAACAACCUGAGCAACCCGUCUCUAAACUCAGCCGUCCCGACAGCAGCUUGCCCCUAUGCUCCACCGACUCCUCCUUACGUGUACAGAGACACAUGCAAUUCAAGCCUCGCCAGCCUUAGACUCAAGGCCAAGCAGCAUUCAAGUUUCGGAUAUGCCAGUGUUCAAAACCCAGCGUCUAACUUGAGUGCAUGCCAGUAUGCUGUAGACAGACCUGUGUGAGACAUAAGAUAAAACUCAUCAGACUGAUGGGCUCCAAGAAAUAACUUAAAAUAUAAUGGGCUCUACAGACAAAACCACUGAAUCUGUAUAGCUAAACACGACAGAAUCGUCUUUCUAAUUUAAGGAAAAAAAGUGCAAGUGUUAUUUCCUCCCUUGACACCCUAUUUACAAGAACUUUUCAUCAGAUAAAGGGACGUAUGGCCGCAAAAUGAAAUAUACUGAUUAUUUGACUGGAUAUUACCUUUAGUAACACUAUAAGCUUGUUAUUUUUUAAGUUCAGCGCUGUGACAAUAAAGGAAAUGUUUGACGGAAAGGAUGUGUAUAUAUCGAAAUGUCAAAAUUAAUUUUAUAAAAGCAAUUGUUAGUAAUAUCACGCCAGUGUUUUUGAAGUUACAUUUAAAAAAAUAAAAGCAUGUCACGCGGAAGCUUGAAGGAAUAUUUCCGCUUAAAAGCGAGGGAAUGUAUAUACUAACUGCAACACUUGUAUGUUUCUAACAGUGUCUAUUAUUAUUAAUUAUUAUUAUUAUUAAAAGUCUGUGUGGAUAUCAGUUUUAAGACUAGUACCUCGGUAGUAAGAUGCAAUGAUGUUCCAAAAAAUGUACAAUUUAUCCUGUGUAUAAAAUUUGGUACGGCA